CGGACACCACCACGGCUUCGUGUUCUGUGACGUCAGGGCAGUCUGCUGCAGGUCAAGAAAGAUGGCGGCGGAGGAGAGCAGGUUGAAGCAGCGGAAUCAUAAAAACAGCAUCUUCAAAGAAGGUGGCCACGGGUUCAAAUCGGACACGUCCCCGAUGAGGCGUGAGGAGGAGGAAGACGACCUGCUGGAGGAAGAAGAGGAGGAAGAGGUGGGCGUGGCCAGGCCGGUGCAGAUUGUGGUGGCGGAUGAGGAGGAGCACUCGUUCUCCCUGCAGGAGGAGGCUCUGGAGCGACUGCUGCUGCAGGAGGAGGUGCAGGACCUCCACGUGGUCGUCGUCGCGGUGGCCGGAGCUUUCCGCAAGGGCAAGUCCUUCCUGCUGGACUUCAUGCUGCGCUUCAUGUACAAACAGUCGGACUCUUGGGUGGGCGGCGAGGAGGAACCUCUGACCGGCUUCACCUGGCGAGGCGGCUGCGAGAGGGAGACCACGGGCAUCCUGGCCUGGAGCGAGGUGUUCGUGGUGGAGAAACCAGACGGCUGCAAGGUUGCAGUUCUACUAAUCGACACACAGGGGGCGUUUGACAGCCAGUCCACCAUCAAAGACUGUGCCACGCUGUUCGCCCUGAGCACCAUGACCAGCUCCGUUCAGGUGUACAACCUGUCCCAGAAUGUCCAGGAAGACGACCUCCAGCACCUCCAGCUCUUCACGGAGUACGGACGGCUGGCUAUGGAGGAAGUCUACGAGAAGCCCUUUCAGACGCUGAUGUUCCUGAUCAGAGACUGGAGUUACCCUUACGAACAUCCGUACGGUCUGGAGGGAGGACAGAGCUUCCUGGAGAAGCGACUGCAGGUGAAGCAGAACCAACACGAGGAGCUGCAGAACGUCAGGAAACACAUCCACUCCUGCUUCUCCAACAUCAGCUGCUUCCUGCUGCCUCACCCUGGCCUCAGGGUGGCCACCAACCCCCACUUUGACGGGCGGCUCAGCGAUAUCGAUGAGGAGUUUAAGAAGGAGCUGGUGAACCUUGUUCCGACGCUGCUCUCUCCAGAAAACCUGGUGGAAAAAGAGAUCGGAGGAGUUAAAAUCACCUGCAGAGACCUGCUGCAGUAUUUCAAAGCUUACAUGAAGAUCUACCAGGGAGAGGAGCUUCCUCACCCCAAGUCCAUGCUGCAGGCAACAGCUGAAGCUAAUAACCUUGCGGCUGUAGCAGGAGCCAAAGACUUGUACAACAAAAGUAUGGAGCAGGUCUGUGGCGGAGACAAACCCUACAUUUCUCCAGCAGAGCUGGAGCGCCGUCACAUGGAGCUGCGGCAGGCAUCGGUGCGGCACUUCCGCUCCGUUAAGAAGAUGGGUGGCGACGAUUUCUGCCGGCGCUACCAGGAGCAGCUGGAGGCGGAGCUCGAUGAGGCCUACACCAACUUCAGCAAGCACAACGACGGCAAGAACAUCUUCUACGCCGCGCGGACGCCCGCCACACUGUUUGCUGUCAUGUUUGUCAUGUACGUGGUGUCACUGGUCACGGGCUUCGUGGGCAUCAACUCUGUGGCCACGCUGUGUAACCUGGUGAUGGGCGUGGCUCUGACAGCGCUCUGCAUCUGGGCUUACGUCAAAUACUCUGGAGAGUUCCGUGAGGUCGGAGGAAUCAUCGACCAGGUGGCUGAAACCCUCUGGGAACAGAGGACUCCACGAAAGGUUUUCUCCAAACUCUUCGAAGUGGCCCGGAGUCGAGUCCCUUUGGGAAGCCUGAUCCCAGCGCCACGGCCCCGGCUCGCCUCAAACAACAACGUCAAGAAGAAAAACUAGCAGCACGCCAUCUUGUUCCCGUCACGUUUAUCCCCCCUCUCCCUCACUCUCUGCUCGGUUUUGAAACAACGUCUUUUUAGGACGGUUUGAGACGUGUAAAUGAGUUUUUGUUCCCUGACUGUAGAUGAAGGUUCCUCGCCGUGCCGGCUGUAGGUUUAAGGACUCGCCAUAGACCCGGACGAAGCAGUGUGGUGUAUUUUAUUAUUUGUCAGUGGGCGGGGUUAAGGUAUUUAUUGGUGGGAGGGGCCAUUAUUCUAUCACCGAGUGUCAUCCCAGGUGUGUGUUUGCCUGUUGGAUGAAGACAACUCGACAUUCCCAUUUAUGUGAAUGUAUGAAUGAAGAGCAUGACCACAGACCCUCCUCUUGGUUCCCCUCUCCUCCCUCCUGUCGUCUCCGUCAGGUUGGUUUCUUUUGCUGGGCGGCGUCACGAGGAGGAGUCACAACCAAAGUUUACAGCUUUACUUAUAGAAGCUCUCAGACUGAGCGGACUGACAAACUGCAGCUGACGUUUCUAGGACUUCAACAGUUUGGUUUUUGGGAAAUUUUACAGAAUAUCUUACUCAGAAUCACAAACUCAUGGAUGUUUCUACAUUUCUGUGCAGGAAAAGUGUGUGUUGGAACAGUCAGACUGAUCGAGUUUAGCUUCAUGUCUUAAUGAAACUGAGUCGACUCCACUUCAGUUGACAAACACGCCUCCAGCUGUGAGGCUGUCGGAAACUCUGAACUUUUAUAUCCAUUGAAAUUACCUCUAGUCUGUCAGUGAGAUCAGAGGAACAACAAAAAUACUUGUCCAUUGAGUUUAGUUUUUGACCAAAUGCCUGCGGUAAAUGUUCACUUGUGCCUUGUUUUCACUACAUGGUUCGACUCCUUUUACCUUUGGCACCAUCUCCUUUUCGCUGCAGAAAUGACCUCCUCAGUGUGGGCAGGACUCUCAGCUGAUUGCCAUAGUGACACCACGUGAAACUUCUGUGACAUCACCUUUAACGCCACACUCAGCCAAAACAGAAGAACGUCUGCACCUCGUCAAGGUGCCUUAAGAAAAAUUCUUCAAAUUUGGCACAAAAGUCCUGUUGGACUCAAAUGGACUGAUUAGAUUUUGGUGGUCAAAGGUCAUGUCGCUGUGACCAUGAGUCUGUCUCAUUCUUGUGAACGUGAUAUCUCAAAAGGCCUUAAGGGAACAUCUCAGAUUUGGCACAAGCAUUCGAUUGGACUCGAGGAUGAACUGAUUAGAUUUUGGUCCUCAAAGAUCAAGGUCAUUGUGGCCUGGUGUGUCUUUGCCUCGUGAGUGCAGCAUCUCAGCAACAAUUUGACAAAUGUCCACUCGGACUCAGCGAUUAACUGAUCCAGAAUUUUGUGGUCAAAGGUCACUGUGACCUUGCUUCUGUCUCAUUCUCGUGAGCGUGAUAUGAGAAGGCGUUAAGGAAAUUUCUUCAAAUUUGGCACAAACGUCCACUUCGACUCAAGGAUGAACACCUUACAAUUUGGUAUGUGAAGGUCAAAAAUCCAUAUGCUAAUUUGACAAAGUUUCACACAAUGGUCCGACAGGAUAAAAUGAUGACGUGAUGACAUUUUAUAUCAAAAGCUCAAAGGUCAACAACUGGUCUGAACGUGCUGUCAUCACUUGACCUCACUACAGGACUCAGGUCAUGUGGCAAACAGCCUAAACCUCACUGAGUAAUUAUUAGUUCAGUAUGUUAGCUUAGCAUUGCUCAUUUUCAUCAGUGGUUUUCUCAAACAUGGCAUUUUUAAAUAGUUUUUUUACGCGGCUGUGGGAGCAGAUAACAGGAAGUGUCUCCGUGCGACUUAAUGUUUUAAAUUUUGAAUACGAAAAUGAUUGCGUGUAGUUAAAUCAGAGUCCACAAGAAUUGAACGUUGUUGGCAGGUGCUUCAAGCUCUUGUGAAUUUGCAAAAACAUUCUUAGAAUUUUAAAACCUGCUUCAUAUACAAACAAUAUUUUCACUCUGCGUCUUCGCAAACAUUAGAAAACAAAACAUGAUUCUAGCCUGCACGUGGCUGACAAACCACAGGGGCAGUUUCCCACAGGCAGAGCUAAACUCUGCUCAAAUCAGCGCUGAACGCUUUCUGUCAAUUCACUUAUUUCGAAUAAAUAUACAGGAUUCAGACACUUACUGAAGGUCUCUACAUGCUUGACUCUGCCUACAGUCUCUGUUCCAAACUAGACGUCCAUGAGUUUGUCUGACUCUGUUAAAGUAGAGCUGUAAGUAAAAUAAGCUAAAUUUCCCAUAAAACCAGCUGACCCUACAAGUAGCCAGCUCAAUUACUUGAUCAUGUCAUCUUUAUUGAUUUGUUUGUUAUUUUCAGAUCAGAAAUGGCAUCAUGAUUUUCAGUAUUAACCUCUUUUUGUGUUUUUAAUUUACUUUAAAGGUUCGCAGUUCAGAUGGAUCUCAUGUCUGGAGUCAGGAACUAUUUAUUCACGAACAGUCUAUCCUUCUGUCACAGCCCCGGCUCUGUACUUAAAGGGACAGUUUGGAUUUUUUGAUGUGGGGUUGUAUGAGGUUCUUAUCCACAGUUAGUGUAUUACAAACAGCAGAUAGCAGCUGGCACGCCCCCAGUUUGGAGAAGCAGCUAGAGUCCCCAUUAAAGCUAAGUAACGCACUGCUGUGGACGGGGUCAGCAGCAAAACUUAUUUUAGACACCAUAAAAAAAACUUAAUAUCAGAUGAAGUGUAUGAAAUAUUAGGAAUAUUUUCACUGCUUUACUUUACUGUCAGUACUGAAAAUAAUAAUACAGCUAGUUAGUUAGCCACCUAGUUCACCUCGCUGUUUUGGGUAAGUGCGGGACAGUGAUUUAGCAUUAGCUAGUUAGCAUGAGUAAUCAAGAAUUAAUGGGUAAGAGUUAGUCUAUCAUCGGUGUUGUGUACUGUAUUUUUUUUCUUUUAUGAAUAGGCCAAUUUAUCUUUGCUAAAAAAAAUGUUAGAUUAAUUUUAUUGUGUGUUUUGGAAAAGAA